AUGGAGAACGACUCCACCUUUGUAGCACCGGAAGGUGUAUAUUCAGUCACAGACGAGCAUAAACCCAACCAUGCUCAAAACGUGGCUAUGAGCGUAGGAACUGCAAUAUACCCCUCCAGGGUCUCUAGUAUCGUCUUGCGCUUCCCCCCACCCAAGCAAGGAAACGUACCCGGUUUUGCUGGUCUCUUGGGCGGAGGAAAGUCUGAACCAAAGAAAGAUAAAGGAGAAAAAGCUGCUAAGGAUCGUGAAGACGGUAUCAGCUUAUCCAGCAGUGAUACUCCAGAGGAAAGUGAACCACCCCCGCUUUCUUCCUCGGACCAGGGAAAUACAUCCCAAUCACCAGAGUACCGCAAUUUAUUCUCUCAUCCUUCCGCUGGCGGAAAGAAGAAAACAGCAGCAAGGCCAAAGCACAAUAUUCGAACUACAUCUUCCACCUUUAUCACCCGUAUCCAGACAGCUGAAGGUUUGACGAAAACUUUACAAUCUAAGCAAGGGGAUGUCACAUUUUUGUUCUACAAUAUGGCCAAAAGCUUCGUCUGGAUCGAGGCAGGGUCCAAAGCCAAAGAACCUCUAUCCAGAAUCACUUUUUCAGCGCAUCCUACGUGUCACGAUAUCAACAUUUCUACAGCAAAUCCUGACCGUUUAGAUGUAAUAAUCGGUUUUAACACCGGCGAUUUGAUAUGGCUAGACCCAAUCAAUUCACGAUAUGGGCGCCUCAAUAAACAGGGUUCUAUAUCGGGUUCUCCAUGUACGGCGGUGAGAUGGGUUCCAUCCUCAUCGACUCUGUUUCUUGUUUCACAUGCAGAUGGCACCAUCAUCGUCUAUGAUAAAGAGCGAGACGAUGGGACUUUCACACCCCAGGAUCCAAACUCUGGGACCAAUGAUGCAUCCUCUAACUUUGUAUCCUCACCGGUCGAUGGAAUUACACAAGAAUGGGAUCCUGUAGACAGCCUCUUCGUAACAAUGCCGCCAUGGCAUCCGGUAACGUCUGGUGGGGGUGCUCUGAGCGCCGUUGGAAAAGCGGAAAAAGAAAAAGUUGCCAAGAAUCCUGUCAGCCAUUGGCGCCUUUCAAAGCAAGGCGUCGUUGACUUUGUCUUUUCUCCCGACGUAAAAUACGUUGCCGCAAUAUCAGAAGACGGUUGUUUGAGGGUCAUCGAUGCACUAGCUGAACAACUUGUCGACUGCUAUGCUUCUUACUUCGGAGCUUUGACGUGCGUGGCUUGGUCUCCAGAUGGGCGAUUUAUCCUUACCGGUGGCCAGGAUGACCUCUUGACAAUUUUCUCUCCCUGGGAGCAGCGAGUAGUAGCUCGAUGUCAGGGCCAUUCGUCAUUCGUGUCGUCAGUUGCUUUUGACGAACAGCGCUGCGAUGGAAGAACAUAUCGUUUCGGCAGCGUCGCUGAAGAUAACAAAUUGAUCUUUUGGGAUUUUUCAAGUGGUGCACUUCAUCGUCCUAAGUUCCAGGCGUCGCAUCAUCAACGGAUGUCAGUAUCGUCUACAAUCUCGCUGGCUUACAAGCGAGACCGCUCUGCCCAGUAUCUUCCUGCCACCAAUUCCCCGAAACUUGAAGAAACACCAUCGCCACGGUUUCACCCGGCUCCUUCCCGCAAUGAAAUCGCCUUCGUACAACCUGUUCUGAUAAAACAGCUAGAUUGCGAUCUCCUUACAGUGAUCCAAUUCCUUCCUCGCAGUAUUCUAACAGCCACAAAGGGCGGUCAGAUCAGGCUAUGGGUACGACCCCUUGCCCUUAGACCUAGGUUUAUGAAAAACAAUAAAGUUACUGCAAUCGAUCCUCACGACUUAAUACCAAGUCGAACAGGACCUAUUCCGCCUUAA